AUGUUCGGUUUACAUGGAGCCGUUGCGAUACGGCUACGCUGUAUCCAUACGGGAUCUGCUGAUUUUAUUUUGGAGUUUUUUUUACCUAAAGACUGUGAUGAUGUAGAGGAGCAGAGGAAGAUGUUGAAUGCUCUUUCGAGUAUUCUGGCUCAUGUGCCUAGAAGUUUAAGGACUGUUACGGAUAAGGAACUAGAAGAAGAGAGUGAAGUGAUAGUAACACCAAAUAUAGAUUUGGUAUUUGAUGGAGGAGACAAGGGGAAUGAUGUGUUUGGUUUGAAAAGAGAUUUUGAUGUCAAUGAGAGCAGCAUGUUCUCUAGUGAUGGUUUCAGUAGUAUGGUUGAGAAAAAGCGUUUAAAAGCAGAUAAAACCAUUACUUUGGAUGUGCUUAGUCAGUAUUUUGCAGGGAGUCUUAAAGAUGCAGCCAAGAGUAUUGGUGAUUUGAUCUCUGCUGCUAACAAGAACAAAGCUGUUGAAUGGGAAGAGAAGACCUUGUACGAUUACUUGCUCAACCCCAAAAAGUACAUUCCUGGAACGAAGAUGGUCUUCCCUGGGCUCAAGAAGCCACAAGAGCGUGCUGAUCUCAUCGCCUACUUGAAGGAAGCUACUGCUUACUGCUUGGUGAGAUUCUGUCUUUUGAGUUCCAAAUGUACUCUUUGA